AUGACUAUUCUGGAGGUCAACCUUCACGUCCUCAGUCUCCCCAAAACUUACAGCCUGUGCCAGCCCCGCGGGGCCCUGGGCGGCUUCAGGGUGAUCAGCCAGAAGACACUGUACCCCUUCUCCUCCCCCGGCGCCGGCAAGGCGGAGGAGAGCGGGGAUGCAGCGGUGAGCCCCGCCAAGAAGGCCCGGGCGGAGCAGGAGGAGCCCGGCACGCCGCCCUCGUCGCCGCUGAGCCCCGAGCAGUUGGUCCGCAUCCAGAAGAACAAGGCCGCGGCCCUGCUGAGACUCGCGGCUCGCAACGUGCCGGUGGGCUUCGGGGAGAGCUGGAAGAAGCACCUGAGCGGAGAGUUCGGGAAACCGUAUUUUAUUAAGCUAAUGGGAUUUGUUGCAGAAGAAAGAAGACGUUACACUGUUUACCCACCCCCACACCAAGUCUUCACAUGGACCCAAAUGUGCAACAUAAGAGAUGUGAAGGUUGUCAUCCUGGGACAGGAUCCAUAUCAUGGACCCAAUCAAGCUCAUGGGCUCUGCUUUAGUGUGCAAAGACCUGUCCCGCCUCCGCCCAGUUUGGAAAACAUUUAUAAAGAGCUGUCUACAGACAUAGAUGGUUUUGUUCAUCCUGGCCAUGGAGAUUUAUCUGGGUGGGCCAAGCAAGGUGUUCUCCUACUCAACGCUGUCCUCACGGUCCGGGCGCAUCAGGCCAAUUCUCAUAAGGAGAGAGGUUGGGAGCAAUUCACCGAUGUGGUUGUGUCCUGGCUAAACCAGAACUCGAGUGGCCUCGUCUUCUUGCUCUGGGGCUCUUACGCUCAGAAGAAGGGCAGUGCCAUCGAUAGGAAGCGCCACCACGUGCUGCAGACUGCCCAUCCCUCCCCAUUGUCGGUGUACAGAGGGUUCUUUGGGUGCAGACAUUUCUCCAAGACCAACGAGCUGCUGCAAAAGUCUGGCAAGGAGCCCAUCAACUGGAAGGAUCUGUGACCCUGAACUGGGGGAGGGGACUGGGGAUGAGGGAGGGGGUCCUCCGGGCAGUUUCUAGAAGCUGCUGUUGAAGUAUUUGUCAGUGACGAAGUCGAAUUGAGAAAAUAACUUCCCUAGUGAUCCUUAAGCACUAUGCACACCAGGGAGAACGUUUCCGUAAAGGGGCCAUGUGCCAGGCUGCCCAGGAGCGGCAGCGUUAUUCAGCAGAGACUGUACCCGGUGACCACGGGUCUGUCUCAGGAACUUGGCUUUGGCUUAGAAGACACGUCAGUUUUGGGAAAGGAGAAGUCAAAUUCUCUAGACUCUCCUCCCCUCUGUUUUCUUUAUGGUUGAAGAUGGGGAGAUAAGCACCUUUUUAGUAUCUCAGUCAGCUGCUGCUCGCUUUUACCUGUAGGCUAAACGUUAGGUUAUAAGGUGUUGGGUGUUUUUAUAUAGAAAGGCCCCUUUCGCACAUGGGCCAGGUCCACUGCCCUUUGAUCCUAUACAGAGCUCUCAGGCCCCUCCUGGAAGGAAAUGGGAUUUUUUAUUUUUUGCCAGUUCCCAGAAAUUAGGGGUCAGUUUCCUGAUUGUAGCAGAGGAGAAAAUUCCUAAGGAACAAUUCCUGCCGUGAGCCUUCGGACUGGCAGAGGCCAGGAGAAGUGGGCCGGGCCUCGUGUAUAUUGUUCUCUGGGUGUUUCUAGGAAUAAGCAGUGGAAGUUGAACAGGAAGGAGAAAGGGGUUUGGUUUGGUUUGGUGUUUUUUUUUUUAAGAAGGGAAAUGGUUUUCUCCCAUGUGUAUCUUGAACUGGGAGAAAAGGCAGCAUAGUGCCAAAUGCUGUUUUUUUCUGGACUGAAAUCACGUUGGGAUCCCAUUUUCUGCAACACUGGAGAAUUUCGCUCUUUUAAAAAAUACUUAAAUGCCCGGCCGACGUGGCUCAGGGGUCGAGGGUCGACCUAUGAACCAGGACGUCACAGUUCGAUUUCUAUGUGGAUGUUUUGUAUUUUUUUUUUACUCCUUUGUUUAAGAGACCAUCUUUAUUAGGGCUGAGCCUCCAUCCAAGGUCCUGUUAGAGAUGCUGUUAGCUGGGCUCAAAGUUAAACCUGCUUAGAGUUUGGUAAUAAAAAGUUGCUGAAGUUUCA